GAUAAGUUAAAAUGACUUCUUGCGGUAACCGGUGUGUGAAAACAAGCGUAAAAUAAUCAAAACACCACGAUUAUGAAAGGCUGAACAGUGAAGGCAGUGAAGAAACUGAAGGCCUAAGCUGCAUGAAAACGCACGCAUCGGUUUUGAUGCGGUUAGAACUGGAUUGAACCAAAAGAUCCGUCUCGAUGUUGAUGAUGGACUUCAAGGCAGCCAACACGGCCACCAUCGCCACCAUCGAUAAGGGCAGCGACCGUACGUUUGCGUCGGCCUUUUUCCACCCACCAGCAUCGCCCGCACACGUCGGUUGCUGUGUGCUCAACCGGGCACCGGCCAGACCCCCGUCCGAAAUCUAUUUCGAAAGUCGAGGCAAAUGCUGCAAGAAGCUGCUCCGCUACAACGGUUAUCCGAAUAAGGUCCUGCUGUACCCGGAAGAAGGAUGGGCCCGCAGUGCAGCCUCCAGCUACUGGACGAUAGCGCCCUGCCGGUGGCGAAGGAAUCGCUGCAUCGUGGAGGAGGUGGCCGGCUCGAGGAAACAAACCACACAAGGCCGCAUGAUCGUUGUUGGUGACGGAGCUCUCCUAAUAGUCGGUACCUUCAAACGGCGCGUCCCCGACCCCGACUUCAAGCUCUAUCUGUCCUCCAACAUCAGUUUGGCCGACUAUAACAUGGGCUACUGUCUCACGGGGACGCUGGAGCGUGGCUGCGAGCGGACGAACCAGUACCAAACCACCCACUUCGCCGUCAUACGACGCUGCUGGCCUUCGAACGAGCACGACGGACAUCACGGCGGGGGCGGUGGGUUCGGCGUGGGCGGCGUCGGUGGGGGCGGCGGUGGUAGUAAGAAUAACAACAAAACACAGCACACCUACAUCGAUUUCCUCUUCAACCGAUGAUAACGAUGACGAGAGCCGGGAUGAGAGCAACAACAGCAACAAAAUGGGGUCGAAAAUGGUGAUGCGUUUCACUUUUCGGCCCACAUUUUGUCGUAGAGUUUGUGUUUUUGGUUUGUGCGAAGCAACCUAGUGGACGUUUGCGAUAGGAUCCGUAGGAUGACGUGUGCUUUUAGGUAGCAGUCGAUGAUACUAUAAAUUUAGAUAUGGGUGUAUUAUACAAACUUGAGCCGAUUUUUUGGUACUGGCGAUAAUGAUGUGCAAAUCCACCAUCGUCGUCAAUCCACAUCCGUGCGGUACAAUCAAGAAAUGCUGCGGGGAUAUUAAGCGUGAGAGCUAUGCUUUAAAAAAGCAACACUUUAUGU